ACCGGUUAAAUCAUUCCUAGGUGAACUAUCCGAUGCAUUUCCGAUGACCGGUCCUUUGUGACGCGCAGUAAUUCCAGGAUCACUUCCGGAUUGCUUGUCGUUCGUGGCUACAAGCGUGUUAUUAACUGGUUUACAAUUAGUAAAACAUUCGUAGACAAAGCAAACGUAGUGUUCACAACAUUAUUUGCUACAAUCUGUAGCGUUCAGGAAGGAACCGAUGCAUUAAAUCCCGUGUCUAACGGGAUCCUCCAUCUAACGUUUGUAACAACAGUCAGCAUUUGGCCCACGCGACAAAAUGGACUCGGAAUUUUCGGCAGCGGACAAUGCAGGUCUCCCUCUCCUCUCCCUCUGCCUCUUGGUUCCACCCAUUCAGCUUAUGUCCGCGUCCAUAUGGCAGGUGGUGCAACAGCGAGAUGCCAUGAAUUAUGCAAUGCUGGCAGAGUUUGUCUCCCUGGUGACAGAGAUGGUCCCUGAGUUGCUGAUCUAUAGGCACAGGGCCCAACUUAUUUUGGGAUUGCGAGCAAGGCACAUUCUGGAGUUGUGUCGCAGUGAGCAUCCUGUAGAACCUCAGGUCAUCUUAACCCAGCUGUACAUGAUUCAACCACUUACCCACUUCAGUAAUGAUGUAAGUGACACAGAGGUGGAGUCGUCAGAGACUCAUUUUCUGGAGCUGGUCCAGACCCUGCUUAAAGACCCUGAUGAGAGAGAGCAUUUUUUCACCGAGAUAUUCCCAGUGGAGUAUGGACCACAAUAUGACAUCGAGCUGCAAACUCUACUGUGGGAGUUCCUGUCCAGAUUGGUUCAACUGUUACCGACCCCUGACCUCGCACAGACAAUGGCAUGGCUCGGUACUGCCCCCUCAGUCUUGGAUGAUUGUGCCCAUGUUAUAUCUCAUCCAGCAGAUCUGAAGAGUCUUCUCCAGCACCAUAAACGUCUUGGACAUUUGGAGCAACAUGUACCCCCCUGCGCCAUGGGCGACUGCAUCCUGUCCUCUCUCUCCAUCCCGCCACACAGUAGAACCAUGAUCAGCACUGAGCAGACCACCUGUGACAACCAGUCAGAACCCUUGGAGGAGUUUGUGGAUGACUUCGAGGUGGAAAUUGUAACUCUGACCGAUUAUGAAGAGGUUGAAUUAGGUUUGGGUCAGGAGGAGGUGGAGGAUGGGAACGAUGACGAAGCACAGACCAUGGAGGACAAGGAAGAAGAGCCUAAAGAAAUGCCCGCUGAAGACGUGGAGGAAGAGAAGGUGAUGGAGGACCAUGAGGAGGGCGACUUGGAGAGCAACUCUCAUCUAGAAGAAGAAGAGAAUGACUCAGCAUCCGCCCAUCACCAAACAUCCUCUGGGCCCCACAUCUGUUCAGUCUGUGAGAAGAGCUUCAAGUUUGCCUCUGCACUAAUAGCCCAUCAGGUCAUCCAUACAGGAGAGCGCCCGUAUGUGUGCCAUCUGUGCGGACGGUGUUUCUCCUUCAGGCAGUCUCUGGACAGGCACAAACAGACACAUAAGGAUGGGCGCGUUUACGACUGUUUAAUCUGUGGGGAGACCUUUCAGUCCUUGUCAGCCCGCACAGAGCACAAGAAGAGCCAUAUGGAGCAAGGCGCUUACCAGUGCUCACAGUGCCACAGGAAGUUCAACUGGGCGUCGGCCAUGGUGAGACACCUGAAGGUUCACACAGAGGGCACUGAGGUCAAAACGCAGGAACUUACAAAAAGCCUGAAGUCUGAGAAAGAGGAUAUAGGGAUUAAAGAGAUUGUAGGAGAGGUGGCUAUUGAACCCCCUGAAACAGACCUGGUAUUGGAGGAUGGAGGGAAAUCCUGUCACAAUCCACACGAAGGAGCGGGUCAGUCCACUUCAUCUGAGCCUGCAGUGUUGGUGCCUGGACUUCUGGACAAGGUUGUAACACUUGUCAAGGUCCGUACCAGUGGUAGGAAAACGAAACCGACCUUGAAGGUGCAGAUGGUGAACCUGCAGAAGCUCAAGGGAAAGGUUGCCACCCCAAAGAGGAGGACGGAUGGAAGCUUGAUGAACCCCCAGGGUUUCACACCAUUGCAUUUUAAGAGUGAGGAACACUCCUAUGGCUCACCAGUGGUCUCAAUAAAGGAAGGAGAUACAGGGUGGUGUCCAUUCGUCAACUCAGACGAAGCGUCCGUCCAGCAGCACAUUGAGAUGAACCACUCGGGGGAAGCGCAGGAAGAUGCUCCGUCGCCUCCGCACCAAACAGGCCAAGCAGGACACUAUGAUUGCCCAGACUGUAACAGCAGCUACAAGUUUCAGUCCUUACUGAAAUACCAUCGGCGCGUCCACACCGGCGAGCGCCCAUACGUGUGCCCUCAGUGCGGACGCCGCUUCUCCUUCAAGCAGUCACUGGAGAGGCACGGACAGACACACAAGGAUGGGCGCAAGCAUGACUGUCUGAUCUGUGGGCAGAACUUCAAGUCCUUGUCAGCGUACACAGAGCACAAGAAGAACCACAUGGAGAACGGUGUGUAUCGGUGUUCGGAAUGCGACCGGCGGUUCUCCUGGAAGUCUGCGCUGGUCAGACACCUCCGGACUCACACGGAGAACGCCACCGAGGCUGAGCUCUCUUACAAAUGCCCAAGGUGUGACUUGGGAUUCAGCAGUAGUACGUACCUUAACAGGCACCUGCUCACACACCAAGAGGAGAGGUUGCAUGUCUGCAGCUGUGGCAAGAACUUUGCCUACAAGGCUGCUCUGACCGCACACCAGCGCACCCACCUGAAAGAGAGGCCACACCAGUGCAAGCAGUGUGGAAAGGGUUUCCUCUACAAGGGAGGGCUGGUAAGUCACAUGAAGAUCCACUCCGAAGAAAUGCCUUUCAUGUGCUCAUUCUGUGGGAAGAGCUUCAAGAGGGAGAGGAACAUGAAGAAACACGAACGCUGCCACACCAGGGAGAACGUGUUCAGCUGCUCGCAGUGCGACAAGACCUUUGUAUACAAGGCCACACUGACCAGGCACGAGCUAACCCACUCGGGGGAGAGACCGUUCCUGUGCUCCGAUUGUGGCAAAGGGUUUUUCUCCCAUGCGGAGCUUCUAAAGCAUGAGCGCUUCCACACUGGCCACAAGCCAUUCCAGUGCUCCCACUGCGGGAAGCAGUUCACCCAGUCCUGCUACCUGACCAUUCAUCUGCGCUACCACACAGGGGUACGGCCUUACUCCUGCACCCAUUGUGACAAGAGCUUUCUCAGUGCCAACCGUCUAAAGAGACACCUGAGAACCCACACAGGAGAGAAACCCUACCUGUGUUCAGAGUGUGGCAAAGGAUUCAAACAGUCAUAUCACCUCAAGAUGCACCAGCAGACUCAUGCCACCAAGAUUUACUGAGGCAUGAUUGUGUCUCUGUCCAGAUUUCAGUCAAAUGAUUUGGUAGAAUGUAAGGGUGAGUUAGCUGUCGACUGUAGACAACCAGGAGUGUUAAAAUAGAAAUACUGAAUAAUAAUAUAAAUUCAAUAUGCAACAAAUUCAAAGAUUUUAGUGAGUUACAGUUCAUAUGAGGAAAUCAUUCAAUUGAAAUAAAUUCAUUAGGCACUAAUCUAUGGAUUUCACAUGACUGGGCAGGGGUGCAGCCAUGGGUGGGCCUGGGAGGCCUCAGGACCACCCA